AUGCGGGCCGGUACUCGGGCAGCGCUUCUGGGGGCGCUAUUGGGCCUGCUGGUGGUGGGCGCGGCAGGCGCCACGACGGCGGCGCGGCAGGCCCGGCUGGGCGCCGACCGCGCUAUGCGCCCUGGCAGCCCUGGCAGCCAGGAGGAUGCGCGUGCUGCGGCGGCCCUCGCCUGGCGCGCGCAGUUUGAGUCGCCGCCGCCGCCGCCCUGGUGGCGCCGCCUGUGGCCCUGGGCCGCCCCCACACAACGCCUCAUCCGUGUCGCACCGCUGGAGCCCCACAGCGGCAGCCUGGCCGCGCCCGCGGAGCUGCGCCUGCCCGCAUCCCAGCUAGAGGCCGAGCUGGGUGCUGGGCUGGCGCCGGCGGUCAACGCCGUUGACCCACGGGACGACGCUUUCUUCUCCUACAACUCCUCCGCCAUGACCCCCCUGGUGCCCCUGUGGCUCUCCUGGAUGACAGACCUGGGGCGCAUGGCCAACCGCAGCCACGGCCUGGACUUCUCGACCGCGUGGCGCCUGUCUAGCUAUGUGGCCAUCUCCUACUGCAACGCCUCCUCCAUAGCCACCUGGAACUGCUCCCGCUGCGGAGGCAUAUCUGCUGGAUUCACGCCAGAGGCGGUUGUGUUUGACGAGCUGUGGGACCUGCAGGGGUAUGUGGGGUACAGCGCCCCGCUGGACGCCAUCGUGGUGGCCUUCCGCGGCACCGACUCGCACUCCAUCUACAACUGGGUCCAGAACAUGCGCACCUGGCGCACCGACCUGGCGCUGGGCUACCCGGGGGCGCCGCCCCACGCCCUCGUCCACGGCGGCUUCUUCACCUCCUACAAUGGCUCCGCGCUGGCCGCCAACAUCACGGCGGGGGUGCAGGCGCUGCGGGGCCGCCACCCUGACGUGCCCAUCUAUGUCUCUGGGCACAGCCUGGGCGCCGCCAUGGCCACGCUGUGCGCGCUGGACCUGCGCCUCAACCUGGGUGCCCCAGACGUCCGCGUCUACUCCUUUGGCAGCCCCCGCGUGGGCAACCAGGUGUUUGCCGAGUGGUUCGAGGAGGUGGUGCAGGUGCACUGGCGCUUCACCCACAAUCGCGACAUAGUGCCCUCGGUGCCGCCCGGCUACAUGGGCUUCUACCAUGUCAGCAGAGAGGUCUGGGUGGUGGACUUGCUGUUUGGGCACACGCUGGUGGGGGUGUGUGACGCCAGCGGCGAGGACCAGGCCUGCCACAACUCGGUGUGCCACCUGGGCCUCUGCUCCUCGCUGUCGGACCACCUGCUGUACCUCAGUGAGAUGUACUCGCCCCACCCCAUGGGCUGCUAG